UGAUUUUGCAUUUCUGGGUAGGGGGCCCUUGUGCACACGCCCUACCCCUGCUGCCGUUCACAGCCCCGGCUGUCAAAUCACCGGGUCCUGGCCAAUGCACACUGGUUUGUAUGGCUCUGCAUAGCACAGACACAACCUCAUAGGAAAACACACACAGUUAACCCUUUGAUCGCCCCACAUGUUAACCCCUUCCUGCCCAAUGCCAUUAGUACAGUGUCAGUGCUUUUUAUUAGCACUGAUCACUGUAUUGGUGUCACUGGGGAUGUCAGUGACACUACAUCAGUUCCCCCCACUGUCAGAAUGCCUGCCGCAGUCCCGCUAU